AUGAUGCUCAGGCUACACUACAACCACACAAUGGAAUCGCCUGCCAACUUCUUUCUUAUGGGCAUCCCUGGGUUGCAGUCUUCACAUCUUUGGUUGGCUAUCUUACUGAGUGCCAUGUACACCAUAGCCCUGCUGGGAAACAUCCUCAUCAUGAUGGUAAUCUGGAGGGACUCCACUCUACAGGAGCCUAUGUACUGGUUCCUAUGUGUUCUAGCUGCUAUGGACAUUGUUAUGGCCUCCUCUGUAGUACCCAAGAUGGUGAGCAUCUUCUGCUCAGGAGACAGCUCCAUCAGCUUUGAUGCUUGUUUCACUCAGAUGUAUUUUGUCCAUGCAGCCACAGCUGUGGAGACAGGGCUGCUGCUGGCCAUGGCUUUUGACCGCUAUAUAGCCAUCUGCAAGCCUCUACACUACAAGAGUAUCCUCACACCUCAAGUAAUGCUGGGAGUGACUAUGGUCAUCACUAUCAGAGCCAUCACAUUUAUGACUCCAUUGAGUUGGAUGGUGAGUCAUUUACCUUUCUGUGGCUCCAAUGUAAUCUAUCAUUCCUACUGCGAACACAUAGCUGUGGCCAAGUUGGCAUGUGCUGACCCCAUGCCCAGCAGUCUCUUUAGUCUGAUUGGUUCUUCUAUUAUUGUGGGCUCUGAUGUAGUCUUCAUUGCUACCUCCUAUAACCUGAUUCUCCGGGCUGUAUUUGGUCUCUCCUCGAAGAAUGCUCAGUUGAAAGCAUUAAGCACAUGUGGUUCCCACAUGGCAGUUAUGGCUCUGUAUUACCUACCUGGUAUGGCAUCCAUUUAUGUCGCUUGGCUAGGUAAAGAUACAGUGCCCUUGCACACACAAGUGCUGCUAGCUGACCUGUAUCUGGUCAUCCCACCCACCUUAAACCCCAUCAUCUAUGGUCUGAGGACCAAACAAAUACGGGAGCGAAUAUGUGGUUUAUUGACACGCUGCCUCUUUGACCACUCCAUCUUGGGCUCAUGA